AUUGCCUGAGGGCAGACAUGCUUCCCAACCUACACAGGAAAUGACAAGUACACCACACCACAUCCUUACUUGUAGUAGUAUACCAGUGAGCUGGCUCAUCAGUAUAGGUCCUGUCUAAACAACAGGGCUUAUAGUAUCAAGUUUUAGUCAAGUUUUGAGUGAUUUUAGGGAAAGAGGGGUUUUAGAAAUGGGGUCGUGUUUUUGGACUGUGUUUGUGGGACUGUUUGUACAGCAUAUGUUUGCACAAGGCACUGACGUAAAAGUUUGCAUCGGGACUGACAACAAGUUGAGUACAGUUGGAGAACCCACCCACCAUUACGCCUUGCUGAAAAGCCUCUACACCAACUGUACCUACGUGGACGGCAACCUAGAACUGGUGCAAAUCGAGGGAAUGGACAGAGAUCUCAGCUUCCUAAAGGAUAUCAGGGAAGUAACCGGAUAUGUCCUCUUAGCGUUGUCGGACAUCAGCUACAUUCCUCUCGAUAACCUGCGAAUCAUUCGCGGGAAAGACUUGUACUACGGCAACGCUCUGUCGGUACAGUACAACUACAACAAGAACAUAAAGACCUUGGGUCUACGCGAACUCCGCCUCAACUCUUUGGCAGAAAUCCUGAACGGAAAUGUCACCUUCUUCAACAACCCACUUCUGUGCAAUGAAGACACCAUUGACUGGGAAGGGGACAUCCUGGCUGAAGGAUUCCAUGUUGUAUAUGACACCAAAGAGAAGACAAGAGAAUGUCCAGCUUGUGAAGCCAGUUGUAAUGGCCAUUGUUGGGGAAGCAGGGAAGAAGAUUGCCAGAGAUUUACCAGAAGACGACCUGACUGCAGUGCACAGUGUGACUACAGGUGUCAAGGUCCCAACCCACAAGACUGCUGCCACAAGCAGUGUGCUGUCGGCUGUACCGGCCCACUGGCUACUGACUGCCUGGCCUGUCUCCACUUCAACAACUCUGGGAAGUGUGAGGAGUACUGCCCACCUCCCUUUAUCUACGACAACAACCUGUUCCAGAAUGUCCCCAACCCUGAUGCCAAGUACACCUAUGGAUCCAUGUGUGUGGACGAGUGUCCAACUCACUUGCUGCAGGACCGGGGAAGCUGCGUGAAGUCCUGUCCGCGAGGGAAAACUGACGACGGGAAUCGAGUUUGCAAGGACUGUGUCGGGGCCUGUCCCAAGAAAUGCAGAGGAUUCACCAAGUUUGAAUACCCCAAAGCCGGUUCACCUAUCGGUUACUCAGCAUUAAAUGUCGAAAUCAUGGAAAACUUCACCAACUGCACCAUUAUAGAUGGGAGCUUGAUCAUCACAAGGCAGACAUUUGAGGGUGACAGCUAUAUAGGAUAUGCUGGCAUGUCACCGUCUAUGCUGAGUGUGCUCAGCACAGUGGAGCAAAUAACAGGCUACCUGCAGGUGGAGGGAAUAAACAACGAUUUCAGGGACCUUAACAUGUUCCGCAACCUCAAGAUCAUCCAGGGCAGGGAGCUCUACAAUCAAUUCUCACUGGUCAUCUUCCAGUCGUCGCUGGAAAGUCUGGGCCUUACCUCUCUGCAGCAGGUAAACAAUGGGAAGGUCAACAUCCGGAAGAACAAUGACCUGUGCUACAACGUGGACAAUGCCGUCUGGCGCCGCAUCCUGAAAGACCCUACAACUCAGGAGCUGCAGAUCAUCGGGAACAGAAACAAAACCAUGUGUGCUUUGGAAGGAAAGGUCUGCCCCGACCAGUGCACCUCUGACGGCUGUUGGGGCUUUGAAGCAAACCAGUGUAUCAAGUGCGCCAAUUUUGAGUUGGACGGGACGUGUGUGGAAAGCUGCGAGGCAACCACGCAUUACUCGGACAACAAGCAGUGCCGCCCCUGCGACCCUGAGUGUGAUGGCAUGUGCAAUGGCCCGGGUUCCGACAAUUGCACCAAGUGCCUGAAUGUGAAGGAUGGUCCCUUCUGCAAGGCCGAGUGUCCGCCCAUGAAAUACCCCGAUAAAAACGGAGAGUGCCAGCCGUGCCACGAGAACUGUGUCGCCCCAGACAGCAGCCUGGACAGCCCGAGAUGUGCCGGCCCACAGAACAACGUCAGUGCAGACGGCUGUGUUGCCUGCAAGAAGGCCAGACUCAAUAAGAAAAAAAGAGUGCUUGAAUGUCUGCCCGAGGACCAACAGUGCCCACAUGAUACAUAUGAGACGUCGGGAAAAACGUACACCACAUUGAAUAUUGAACAGGUGUGUUUCCCGUGUGAUGACCAGUGUGACGGCUGCACUGGUGUCGCGCCCACCUCCUGCAAACAGUGCAGAUACUUCAAGAGGAGAUUCGAUAACUACGACACCUGCAUAUCGGGCUGCUCCAGCAAGGAGUACAACGUGUCCAACACUUGUUACGAGUGUCAGAACUGCAGAGAGGGGUGUACCUACAGGAACGGCAAGGCCUACUGCGACCUCUGUUUCCACUACAAGGUCUACAUCAACAAGUCUAUCGAUGAUUAUGACUGCACGGCGAGUGACAGCUGUCCCCCGGGGAAACCGUUCCACGUCCUGGAGAAUGAUGACCAGGUCUGUGUGGAGAACUGCACGGGGAACACCUACCCCGACUUCAACAAGCAAUGUAAGGCCUGCCACAGCGAGUGUGUGGACGGGUGUGUGGAUGACACCAGGAGCGGCUGUUUCAGGUGCAGGAGUGUGAAGUACGGGGACGAGUGUCUGGAGGAGUGUCCACAGAGGACCGAGGACAAGGACGGCAUCUGUGAACCCAUCAACGACUUCUUCAUCGGAAGCCUCAGUGCGCCUGCGAGUAAAGGUCUGCUGGCAGGUAUCAUCCUUGCCGUGGUGAUCCUGCUGCUGGUGAUCAUCCUGGUGUACACCGUGUACCAGCGCAGACAGCGCAACCGCCGCAGACAGACAUGGCGGAAGGUCAAGGAGCUCGGCAUCGAAGUGCCUGUCAGUGACCUUGAGAACAACCCAUAUGGACAUGAACUUCAACCUUUGACCCCCACUGGAGCGGCUCCUAACCAGGCCUACCUGCGGAUUAUUAAGGAGACAGAGUUGAAGAGGGGCAUGGUGCUGGGGUCAGGUGCCUUCGGAACUGUGUACAAGAGUCUGUGGUUCCCAGAGUCGGGAGGGAAUGUGAAGAUCCCUGUCGCAGUGAAGGUGCUGCGAGAAGGAACAACGCCAGAGGCCAGCAAGGAGCUGCUGGAGGAAGCCUAUGUGAUGGCCACAGUGGACCACCCUUGUCUGGUGCGACUGUUGGGCGUGUGUCUGGCCCAGCAGACCAUGCUGGUGACACAGUUCAUGCCUCUGGGAGAUCUGCUGAAGUACGUGCUGCAGAACAAGGACAACGUUGGGUCACAGGUGCUGCUGAACUGGUGCACACAGAUCGCCAUGGGAAUGUUGUACCUGGAAGAAAAGAGGCUUGUUCACCGUGAUCUGGCUGCAAGAAAUGUUCUAGUGAAAACUCCAAACCAGGUGAAAAUCACUGAUUUUGGACUGGCCAAGUUGCUGGAUAUUGACGAGGAAGAAUACUAUGCUGAGGGUGGAAAGAUGCCCAUUAAGUGGUUGGCGCUGGAGUGUAUCCAGUACAGAAAGUUCACUCACCAGAGUGAUGUGUGGAGUUUUGGAGUGACAAUUUGGGAGUUGAUGACGUUUGGAGGGAAGCCGUACGACGGUGUACGAGCCAGGGACGUACCUGACCUGCUGGAGAGAGGAGAGAGACUUCCCCAGCCUCCCAUCUGUACACUCGACCUCUACAUGGUCAUGGUCAAGUGCUGGUUAUUGGAUGCCGAUGCCAGGCCCAACUUUGGAGAGUUAGUGGACACUUUCCACAAACUGGCAGCUGAUCCCUCCAGAUACAUUGUAAUCCAGGGCGACGAUCGUAUGAAGCUUCCGAGCCCGACAGAGAAUAAGAUCUUCGAGCUGCUGAGUGACGAGGAGGACCUGGAGGGUCUGAUGGAUGCGGAGGACUACCUGUUGCCUUCCCAGAUGUCCCGGAGCCACCAGGGCAGUCUGGGCUCCCUCAACAACCAACCAACAGGCUAUUCUCCCAUGCACUCUGUCAACAAUGUCAAGGACAAAGAUCGCUAUGUCCCUCCGUCACUUGACAAACGGGUUCUCUUCCAGCACUCAGACCAAAGCUUAGAUGACCAUGAGUAUGACAACGAGAGAGAGAUGAGGAGGGGCGCAGGUCCGCCGAACGGGCCCAAGAAGUCGCUCAAGGGGAAUGGAAAGAUGAACGGAAACCCGCCAGCUAGAGAUGCCAGUCUUAGAUACAGUGCUGAUCCCACCAUUUUCUUCGCCAAAGGUGAUACAAAACCAAAACCUCUUGAGACACCACCAGCACUCCCAAAAAAAGUGCGGAAGAAAAGUUCCAAGACAAGUGCCAGCGAUCAGACCGCCCACGCAGAUAGACAGUCUACGGAGAAGUACGUCCCGCCCGGAUCACGACCCUCCUCAAUAGAGGGGCAGUCCCAGUCUCCGCGACACUCCUCCAUUGAAGGAGCGUCCCGGUCCGCAAGUUAUCACUCGCUCACUCCAGCCGACCAGAACGAUGAAGGUCGCCUGAAAGAUGCACUCAAGAAUGACAGACUGAAGCCUAAACUGAAACAAUACCUCGGCAAACUCGGAUCAAACAAUGCCAUCGAUAAUCCUGAAUACCAGGAAAUUCUGGGCAACGAAGACCAAGAGGACUACUAUGAUGAUGACCUGUCAGAUCAUGAGUACUACAACGACAUUAGGGCAAACAAGAAGGCAAAUUUGCUGAGAAAAGCAGCGAGUGAGACAGACAUUUAAGACUAACAGGGAAGGAGAGCAAGAUAUAAUGGUUACUCCGGGAAUUAGAUGGCAGACGUAUGCAUGUUGACGUGGUGAAAGAUACAGCUGUUUUUACAUGUUUCCUGGACCUAAAACUGUUCAUUCUAUCACAACACUGUUCUCAACAUUGAUGUUACAAUUUGUCUGUUUCCAACUCUUUUUCCCAAACUUUCCAACUUUUUUCCAAACACAUUUAAACACUGUAACUGUAGAUGUCUGAUGUUAAAAAAGACAGCUGUACCUUCUCAUCCAAAACAUUCAAAAAACGUUCCAAAACUUCUAUUAGAUUUAUCUGAUGAUACGUCACCCAUGAAAACGUUCUCAAACGUCCUUUUGUGUUGAGUGCAAUACAGAGCAAAUUGGAUGGUCUAUUUAACCAACCUCCUUAAUUGAUUUAACAUUUCAUUCCUGUUAUAUUUUGUCUGUUUGUGCACAAGUUUGUUGUUUUUUCUACAUAGUCCAGAGCAUUCAUUUUUGGCAAAGCCCAAUGAGCAGGACUUUUUUUCCUGCUUUUAUGAAAUGUUUGUACUACUUUUCAUGACUAUUUUGUAUGAAUUACUAUGUAUAUAAAGUGAGGGAAAAUCAUGGUGCGACAAUGAAUGUAUGAAAGCCGAUUUUAGGACAAGCAUAUAAACAUGUAUAUUCAAACUAUUGUGGUUACUUCAUUCUAUAGGCAACAUGAAACAACCUGUGAACAAUCUUAGUUUGAAACUGCCUAGGCCAAAGGUAUAUUGCACAUUAAGGAUGAUUGUUAAGUUAUCAGAACUGUUUUUAAAGUUGGAAGGUCUCUGAAGAAGUGCUUGUCACUGCCACAAAGCUUACAAGAAGAGCACAUUGGUUAUAAUGUCCUGUAUGUAACAAAGCAUACUUCCAUUGCUUUUAUUGUUAAUGAAUUCCAAAGUCACCCUAUGAUAAUGCUGGUUGUACAAUCCCUUCUAAAAUGAUGGAAAUUGCAAAUUAUGGAUGUGGUUCAGAAAAAAAAACAGAUGUAUCUUCUGUGGAAUCAACAGAUUUGAUUUUGUAAGUUCACAUACAGGAACUUCACAACAGUGGAAAAUCUGACCAAAGCACUACGAUCCAUGCAAGGGAUUUUAUAAUAUCAUAAUCUAUGGCACAAUUCUUUGGGUAUUGCUUGAGAGUAGUCUGUACAUGGUAAAUUCAGCUGUAUUAAAGGCAUUGUCUUUGAUUCAGGGUGCCUUUGACAGAAAAAGUAUCCGCAGUGCUGUGACUGUGAAUCAUCAAAAGCAAAAAAGGCCUGAAGGAUUACCAUUAGUAUGAUACAAGGGAAGUGCUGAAUGGCUGCGAUGUUCAUUGGGUAGAAACAAGCUAGGGAAAUGAUGAUUGGCUGGAGUUUGUCGGCAUGAUACAAUGGGGAUAGUGAUUGGCUGUCAUGAUUACUGGCAUGAUUUAAGGGGAAUGGUGAUUGGUUAGGAUGUGUGAAGUUCAGAAAUGGUACCAACAGAAACUCCUGAAGGAUUUUGGAUAGAUUUACUGUAUCUCUAUGGCUUAGGUCUUUUCUACUGCUUUGAAAGGGCACCUUUCAGUGUACAUGUAAACGCAAGUAAACAAACUUUUUUAAAGCAAAAUAGUGAAUUCAUAGUAGACUACAGUGGAUAUAACAUUUUGUAAGUAAGCACUCAAUUUUGUGCUAUGUGUAAUGUUAAGAAUAAUAAGAUUGUAUAUUCAAGGACCUUUCCAAUUGUUGUAAAUGUUAAAUGUAACAAACAAGUGUCCGGAAAUCGUAAAAACAUAUCUAACCCCUUGUUCCAACAAGGUUAUAGCUUGGUGCAGGGUUUGAGGUCACUCAAGGAGUGGUCACUCUUGGUGGGGCUGGUCAACAAAAUAGUCUUUUCUGGUACUUUUAAUUGAACCAAACUACUUUGGUCACAGUUUUUUCCAACUGCAAAUACAAAGCAAGGCAAGUUUUUGUUGUUGUUGUUGUAAUGUGGCACUUGUGCUCUUGAUGAAUUUUUCUCCAUUAAUUUUUUUCUAAUUUACUCAAGUAACAGUUACUGUCUUGUUCCAAAAAUGGCUACUCUGCAAAUAAGCCAAAAAUGUACAUAGAUGCUGGAGUUAUAAAUGCUAGCUCUGCUUGUGGUAUUUGAAGGAAGUGCCUUUUAACCAGUGUUGGAGAAUUUUACGCAGAAAAAUUGUAUAUUUUGAUAGAUAUGGUACAGUGAUUUUAACCAUGUUCAAUGUCAUUUUAAUGGCUACCUAUAUGUAUUGUAUGUGUACAUGUACAUGUAUGUACUGUGUUGCCGGUAACCUCGUUACUAUGUAUAAUAUGCAUAUUCUAAUGUAAUAGUUUUAGAUUAUUGUUCAAGAUUCUAAAAAUAAUUAAUGUCUGCUAGCAAGGGAUCUCCAAGGGAAGAAGUUUGCUGUGAAUUGAAAGACACGUGUUUUACCUUCUGCAAAACCAUCUUUGUUACAUGCACGCAAUGCUUUUUUAAGGCUGAAAGUUUUUCAGUACUGUGCCAUACAUGUUAAAUAAUUUAUGGUAAGGCACUGAAUAUGCCCUUUCCUUAAUUUGUGCUAGGUUUAAAGAAAUGGUUAUGUAACUAUUUCUUCAGAAGUUUUGGGAUUUUUGUUUUCAAAACACAGGAAACACAGCUUCCUUUUUCAGGAGAGGAUUCAUAGACACAUUUUAGAUGAAAUGUCACUUAAAACUUGUUAAGGCAAUGGAAGCAGCAGCCCCUUUUUGAGAAUAAUUUAUCAUUCUCCACUAAUAUUAAUACUUAGUCGUAACAAUAAAACAAUUAGCAGAAGUAAAAUCACCAUGAUUAUUACUCUAACAUGCACAUUUGAAUGCUAACAGUUUUAUUGUUUUAAAUUUAUUCCCUUCCCUAACAAAUGUGAACAUUGGUAACAGCGCUCUGUUAAAAGGAGGGGGGCUACUUCCUUAUACAUGUAAAUGUAGAACUACAUUAAUACACUGUUUAACAGACUCAUUCUUGAAUUCUGCUUUCCCCGUAUCUGUGUUGUGCAUGUAAGCCUGACACUGCCAUUUGUGUGCUGUAUAUUGUAAACAGGAAGAUGCUAAGGUUUUUAAGAGGAUGUACAUGUACAUGAAGAAGGAUAGUCUAAUGUGCAUGGUGAAGGUCUUGUAUUUGUACAUGGAUUAUAUGUUCAAUAAAAGGUGGUUAUUUAGUGUUAA